CAACCCAUAGUGUAUAUGAGAGAAGAAACUGUUGCUAUAAUAGGACAAUGGGAUCGAUGGCGGCCUGUCAGCCUUUAAUUCUAGGGUAUGUCCUGACACUGUUAAUCACGGUUCAAGCCCAGGAAUUGUUGAAAAAUCCCGGGUUUGAGAGUGCGGAUUUCCACAACAACUGGAACUGUUGGGAAUGCCAUAUGGAGAGCCGAUCAGAGAGUUUUGGGGGACAUGCCAGUGUUGGUGUUACCAACAGAUCCCAUGAAUACCGAGGCCUGCAGCAGGAUAUUCACAUCACUGCCGGUCAGAGGUAUCAGUUCAAUGCGCAUGUCAAGCUACUCAAUGAUGUUCCGGGUCAAGUGUACCAAAUUAUGUUGGUCACUAUUGGAGUCACGUGGCAAAACGGUCACCAUGAGAACCUGAAAAUAGCAGCAACUCAUUUUCUGCGCGUGAAAGUUGGUUGGCAGCGAUUGGCUGGAGACGUCCACAUACCGCUGGACAAGAACAGGGGAGCUGUGAAGAGCGCUUGGAUACGAAUCGAUGGUCCGGAUGCUAAGGUGGGUUACCUGGUGGACGACACAAGUCUGACACUGGUACAAGAGGACUCGAAUUGGAGGACGCAGGCUGAUUACAGGAUUGAACUAUUCCGCAAAAGUCCCGUAACUCUGAAGGUGCAAAUAGAGCACGCUUCCGCAGAUGACGCCAAAAACCUGGAAGUAGAGGUGGUGCAAAAAAGACACAAGUUUGGGUUUGGAUCAGCCUUAACAGCCCGAUACUUCAUUGAUCCCACAUACACGAAAUAUGCAGAGACGUUUUUUGAAUUGUUUGAAUGGGCAGUGCUAGGCUUACAGUUAAAAUGGCCGGCCGUGGAAAAAUUCCAGGGAUGUAUAUUUCUUUUGAAAAGAAGAUUAGACCCUCAUAAUGUGUUUAAAUGGAAGUUGUGCAUUGCUACAUACACACGGACUAAUCAUAUCGGAAUACUUUUUGUUUCUCUUUACGAUCAGUGUUAUUGUUACGAUACGAUUAUUGUCUUUAAAUCCAUACAGAAUCAUUCAGAUUUCACAUUGGCCCAACGCGCGAUCGAGAUGCUUCAUGAGAGAGGUGUUCCAGUAAGAGGACAUAACAUUUUGUGGUCAAAAUCAAAACGAACUCCCAAAUGGUUGCUGGAACUUCCCAAGUCGCAGAUUUGGCCAACGGCUCAACGUCAUCUGAAAGAAACCGUUGAAGCAAUGAAGGGGAAAGUUGUUCACUGGGAUGUGUACAACGAGAUCUUCCAGUCACAUUUCUAUGAGGAAAUUACUGGAGACAUACACAUCUCUUACCAGAUGUAUGAGGAAACUCACAAGUACGACCCGGGGGUCAAGCUUUUCCUCAACGAACAGUGGGCCGUCAGCACAGGCAUGAUCACCGAAGCUUACAGGCUGUGGGCCAAGAAAAUGUUGGCCGCUAAUGUUCCUCUCCAUCGACUUGGCGUCCAGAGCCACUUUAAUUAUGAGAUGCCGCCAGAUCCUACAAUGAUGAAGCGGCGCCUUGACCGAUUGAUGGAUGUUGGACUCCCGAUUUGGAUCACCGAGAUGGAUUUUGUAACGAAGGAUCGAUUCAAGAUGGCCGAUUGGUAUGAAACGGCGUAUCGGUUAUACUUCAGCCACCCGGCUGUAGAGGGCAUUCUCAUCUGGGGAUUUUGGAAUGAAGACCACUGGCGACCAGACGCUGCUUUUGUUGAGGGCGAUGGCUUUACUCUAACGGAAGCAGGACGGAGGUACAAACAGUUGAUGGCCAACUGGACGACUCACCUCAACUAUAAACUGUUAUCCCCGUCCGAAAACACAUUCCACUUCCGUGGUUUCCAUGGAGAGUAUGACGUAAUAGUGAAGAAACAUGGCCAUCCAAUCAAACUACAGUCUUUCAGUUUGAACAAGGGCGCCAUGACUGUGGUGGUUAAAGCUGAUAAUACAGCAGCGCAGAUCGCUCUGGCCACGCCUCCCCCUCUCCAGUCCGUCCAUACCGAACCGUUUGCCCUACCGGUAGAGUCGAUGGGGAAGGUGGGGGAGCUGAGUUGUAUCACUCGCUGGUCCGAGCCGUCAGAGGUCGGCAACGAUAAAUCCACAUCAGUCACGUGUCACGCGGACGAGAUUAUCACGGAUUGCGGGAGUAUUAUAGCUGAAUACAGCAAGAACAGAGACGGAGAGUAUCUCCAAUGGGUGCAUGGUCACGUGGCCUGCGUUGGUCAAAAUGGCGCCGGUUCCAAAAGCCCUGUGUAUGCAGCAGCCAGGUGCUGCAGAUUAUCCGGCAUGCAUUGCACGUAUCUUCGAAGUGGCUUUUCCGGUGCGGGUUUUGAUGAUCAGAUUGAGGCCAGAUGUCCACUUGGUAACCAUGUGCUAGGAUGUACGUCGUACACAUACUACAGAGAUAUGGAUGGUUCAUUUCCCUCCCCCACAGGCUGUGUGGCUCAGAACGACGGCACUCUAGGCGGUGUUCAAGCUUCUGCGGCGUGCUGCACCGCACCGAAACUGGAAUGCAUGGUGAAAUAUUCAGUCAGGAGCGAGGUGUAUCAAAGUGCGCAUGUCUCGACCGAGUGUCCUUCCGGUUUUAUGAUGAUGGGUUGUAGCGUGUACUCAGAGUUUGGCGAAACUGGUGGCAGCUACAUCACACAUCAGCCAAAUAGCCACCAAAGAUGCAUCGCCAUUAACGGAAGUUUCAAAGGGGUGAAGUCCCGUGGGGUACGAGCUGUUGCCACUUGUUGUCGCCAGAGAAAAUAAACAAUACAUAACUGUUAAUUUGGAAAAUUUCAGACCAAGAUUUAAAAUAUUAGAAUAAUUUACAAAAUAAACUAGAUUUUACGGGGCUUAGGUUUGGUAAUAACCCAUGUGAUGUGACAGUGAGUGGAUGGUGUAACAGAAAGU